AUGGCUCUUGGUGAACUCGCUUCGGGCUCGAUAGAGGGCCUGUCGACCAAAUGGCCCUUCAUCUUGACCACACUUCUGGCCCUCGUGGGCACGUGGCUCCUUCAGUUACUGUUCAAGCAGGACCCUCUGUCUAAAAUACCUUUCGCCGGUAGCGACAUUGGUGACGAGAACAAGCGCAGGGUGGCUUUUAUGCAAGAUGCCAAGGCAAUCUACGCAGAUGGAUACCAGAAGUUCAAGAACAGCUUGUUCAGGAUUACUUCGUCAAGAGAGUCCCAUGUGAUUGUUGUCGACCCUCUGUUCCUGCGAGAGCUAAAGGAUUUGCCCGAUGAUGUUCUCAGCUUCAGUGGCGCCAUCGAAGAUAUUAUGCACCCAAGGUACACCAACAUACGAUCAGACCGGGCAAUUGUCCCUCACGUCGUCAAGAGGGAUCUAACUCCGAGCCUCAGCCGCUUGAACCCCGUCAUUGCUGAAGAGGUUGAUCUAGCCUUCCAGGAAGAGUUCCCACAAUCCAAGGAGUUCACUGCGGUGCCGCUGAACAAGCACCUCCUGCGCGUCGUCAGCAAGGUCUCUGGACGCAUCUUUGUCGGCCCCGAGCUCUGCCGCACCGAGGAGUACAUCGACAUGGGCAUCAACUACACGCUAGACCUGAUGAGUGCCGUAAAUGCCAUCAGCCAAUUGAAACCCUCCAAACGUGAUGUCACGACCUUCAAGCUGCCCGAGGUCGAAAAGCUCCGCCAGCGCCAGCAGAACAGCUACACCUUCAUCAAGCCCAUGAUCGAGGCUAGGAAAAAGGCGAUGAAGGAGGACCCAGACUUCCAGAAGCCAGACGACAUCAUGCAAUGGAUCCUGGAUGACGGCCAGUCCAAGUACGGCGAGCAGGACGACCAGGAGCUCACCGAGAUCCAGCUGGGCCUGACCUUUGCUGCAAUCCACACAACCACGCUGAGCACCACGAAUGCCUUCUACAACAUCGCCGCCAUGCCGGAGCUCAUCCCCGAGCUGCGCGAGGAGAUUCGGGGUGUUCUGAGGGAGUACGGCACCUUCACGUCGGCCGCGUUGCAGAAGAUGAAGAAGCUGGAUAGCUUUCUGCGUGAGUCUAUGAGAGUGUAUCCUCUUUCACUGGCCUCCUUCAGCCGCAAGGUCCUGAAGCCCAUAGUGCUCUCCAACGGCCAGGUCAUACCCGCAGGAUGCAUCAUCGAGGUGCCCUCGUACCACACGAUGCAUGACCCGGACAUGGUCGAGAACCCAGACAAGUUUGACGCCUUCCGCUGGUCCCGCCUGCGCGAGAACGAGGAGGUCAAGGGCGUCGACAGAGCCAGUGUCGGCGCAGCCAACCAGCUGGUCACCGUAUCGCCCGUCUCCCUCAACUUUGGCUACGGCCGCCAUGCCUGCCCGGGCAGGUUCUUCGCCGCCAACGAGAUCAAGAUGAUUGUCGGCCGGGCGCUGCUGGACUAUGAUAUCAAGAUGGUGGACGGGGAGACGGAGAGGUAUAAGAACGUUGUUUUCGCAGAGUCUGUAAGUUGGACCGACGUCACGUCGCCGUGA